UAUAUAAAUACGGGUGCGAAUUGCGAACGGGGCAUAUGUCUGAUAUUUUAGUUUGUAGUUACUGUUUUCUAUAGCCAGACAUUAUCAUGGCCUGGUUACUGUGCUGUAGCCUCAUAUUGGGGUUAGUCGUAACGUUGAACGCUGCGCCUCAAGAACCCAUAAAGAUCGUUAGUCAGACUAAUGAAAUUCAACCUGACGGUUCUUACGAUUGGAGUUAUGAAAGUGCUAACAGCAUAAAAGCUCAAGAAACCGGUUCGGUGAAGAAGACGAACGAUGCGGAGAAUCCGGAAGUAAUCAUUGCGCAGGGAUCGUACUCCUAUACCGAUCCGGAAGGCAACCAGAUCUCUUUGACGUACACCGCCGACGAUGAGGGUGGCUUCCAACCGCAGGGUGCGCAUCUUCCGACCUCACCUCCAAUUCCGCCAAACAUCCAGAAGGCUUUGGAUUGGAUCGCUUCGCAGCCAUCCACAACGGAAAGGGCCGGUCGUAGAAGGAAAUAAAGCAUUCUCGCGUAGUUUCCUCGCAUAUUAUUACAGUCCUUUUUUAUAUAUUUUUAUAUAUUAACAAGUAUUUAUUUGAUGAUUGUGAUCCAGUUUGAUCUUGACCAACGCUACGUAUAUGUUUCCAUGAUUUUAUAUUCCUUUGUAUAUCGUUUUAAUCGAACAUUAUUUUGAAAUGAAAAUAAUAAAUGCAACAACAUUU